AUGUCAGUCUUCUGGGCCACCACAGUGGCCCCUUAUGAGAAGUUCGGCAAACAGAUCCAGAAGCGCCAGCUCGAGGUCCCCGAGUAUGCCGCGAGUUUCGUCAACUACAAGGCUCUGAAGAAGCUGAUAAAGAAACUGUCGGCCACUCCCACGCUGAGCGCACAAAUUGACCCCCUGCGAUCCGCAAUAUCUAUAGAUUCCCAGGCUGCUCUCCAGGCCAACAAGGCCACAUUCUUCUUCCAACUUGAAAGGGAGCUCGAAAAAGUCAACGCCUUUUACCUGCAAAAGGAGGCCGAGCUCAAGGUCCGUUUGAAGACUCUUCUUGACAAGAAGAAGGUCCUGCAGUCUCGCAAUGGCGUUUCGAGACGGUCAGCCAAGUUCACGACCCUCGAGGAGGGCUUCCAACAGUUCGCGGGCGACCUGAACAAGCUGCAGCAGUUUGUUGAGAUCAACGGGACCGCCUUUUCCAAAAUCCUCAAAAAGUGGGACAAGACAUCAAAGUCGAAAACCAAGGAACUCUACCUCUCAAGAGCCGUCGAGGUCCAGCCCUUCUUCAAUGCCACUGUCAUCAGCGAGCUCUCCGACCAGGCGACAACCAGCCUCCAAGAACUAGGGGCCUGGGCCGAGGGAGAUAAUGUCAGCUUCGAGCCCCGAAGCGACCACAUCGUGAGCAGCCAGCAUCUGCUCGGGACCGACGAGGGCGACGCGGAUACCCUUCUGCUCGACACCGUCAUCUCAGGGAACCUCGAGGCACUGAGGGAUUUGCUAGUUCGGAUGCGGACCGCCGCUAGUUCGUCCUCGAGUUCCGACAUUUCGCUGAUGGAGAGGAUGACCCGAACGUUUCUCGCAGCGAUUCACGAAGCGCCCAAGGAGACCUUGCAGGUUCUCCUCGACACCGGGCUCGUGGACAUCCAGUCGGAGGACGACAUCAACGAGCGGAACUGCCUGCACCAGGCCGCCAUCUACGGAAACAUGUUCGUGCUCGAGUAUGGCCUGGCAAAGGGCGUGGCCGUCGACCGCACCGACGUGUACGGCAGAGUCCCCUUACAUUACGUCAGCAUGCAUGGUCGCCUGGAUAUGCUCGAUGCCCUCACCACCGCAAACCCUCAAACGGUAGAUCUGAUCGACCACGACAACUUCACACCACUGGUGCACUCCAUCAUCCACGGCCAUCUGCAGUGUGUCGAGCGUCUGCUGGCCAAGCCCGCUCGCAUCGACCCUGUGUCCGACGCGGACCACGUGCCGCUGAAUCUUGCAUGCGAGCACGGGUCGCUGGCAAUCGUGGAGAUGCUACUACAGCAUGGAGCACAUAUCGUUCCCGAUGCCGAGGGCCUCUACCCACAACAUCUCGUUGCCCGCUCGGUACAUAUGCCCGAGCUCCUGCUAUUGCUCAAGAGCUUCGGCGCAGAUCUAGACCAGGUCGACAAGCUGUAUGGCUGGACGCCUCUGGUCCACGCGGCAAGCGAGGGCAACGUCCCCUGCCUUCAAACCCUGCUGGACGUCGGAGCAGACCCGAAUAUUGUUGACGAAAAAGACCUCCCGGCAAUGUACUACGCGGCGUGGGAAGGCCACCUGCAGUGCAUGCAGCUGCUGGCUCCUUUCAACACGCGGGCCAGAGCAAGCCCCAUGAUCAUGCAGCCAGGCCUGGGGCCGAUGAUGGCCAGCGCCGGACCCGACCCGAUGGCCCUCGACCCGGACGCCAUCCCGGAACUUGAGUUGCCGCCGCCCAUAAUACCGCUGCGUCGUUAUGGGCACAACUUCCUUGACACCAAGACCGUCAUCCAGAUCAGCUUCGAGGAGGACGGAGACCAGCCCCUGGUGUUCUUCCACGAUGGAAAGUACCCGGCCGCCCGUCUCACCAUCUCAUCCAAGGUGUCUGAUCUCAUCCCGAAGAACAUCAUGUUACCUUUCCAAGAAGACACCCGCAUUGUUUCCUUUCAAAUCGACAAUUUGGAAUCCUUCACCCUGGAUUUCGAUGUCUUCCCCACCUACGGCGCAAAGAUCAUCGCCAAGACGGUGGCCCUGCCCAACACGUUCAAGGCGCUUCUCAGCAGCUCCGGCAAGUGCUGCCUCCCUCUUUUCGACCCGAGGUUGCGUGCCAUCGGCCAGAUUAGCUUCCACACCCAGGUCAUUAAGCCGUUCAACGGCAAGCCACUCGAGAUCACGGACUUUGAGACGUAUUGGAAGGCCACCAGCCAGUUCGACCGGAGCCCCAGUACGUUUGUGACGGGUUCCAGUCUGUCUGGCGACUUUGUCCGCCUCUUUGUGCAGCACACCAGCGAUGGCGUGCCCGUGCUGUGGCCGAGGUGGACGAUACCGUGCGGAGGCAUCGACCUGCCCGUCUCGAGGUUGACAAUGGAGCAGUUCAACACCAUCACGUCAAAGAGUCCCAGCCGCACGGAGCUGUCUUCAUUACGCUCAAGACCUUUGGACGAAAUUGCCGACGUCCAUCGGGUUUUGGCCACAGCAGGUAUCCCCCUCAACGAGGCGCUGGCCCUACUGCCGCACGGCAUGCAUGUUAACAUCCAGAUCCUCUACCCGUCGCUGGAGGAGGAGCGGGCCAUUGGUCUCGGCCCGUCGUUGGACCUCAACACCUUUGUCGACUCCCUUCUCACCAUCGUCUUCGACCACGCCCGCGCCCAGAGAGCCCAGUCUCUCGAGUCGGUCCGCUCUGUGGUCUUCAGCUCGUACAACCCGAGCAUGUGCACGGCGCUCAACUGGAAACAGCCCAACUUCCCCGUUUUCCUCUGCAACGACCUCGGCCGGGAGGAUGUCAUGGCGCCGCCGGACGUGAUCCAGAGCCACGGUCGCCGGUCUGCUUCGAUCAAGGAGGCGGUCAGGAUCGCGCAGGGCAACAACUUCAUGGGCCUCAUCUGCUGCUCGCGUCUACUCGACAUGGUUCCCGCUUUGGUGGACGCGAUCAAGUCACACGGCCUCGCGCUCGUCACAGACAAGUCGCUGGAGCCUUCAACGACACAUUCUCUGACAGACCCAUUCCCGCGGCUGCCCAAGGGGGUGGACGGCGUCCUCAGAAGCCAUGGUGUUUUGCGGUUCAACGAAUCUAUAGACGUGUAG